AUGUCGUAUAAUUACGGGCCCCCACCGCCUCCUCCACAACCAGCACCACCGAGCAGUUCUCCGACUGGUUAUAAUCCUUAUGGCGCGACGCGUGGAGGGCAUGGUGGAAGGGGGCGUGGAGGUCACGGAAACGGCGAUCGCGGUGGCUUUCACCAACCUGCACCUGUAUAUGGCUACGGGCAACCCCAAUACGGCCCUCAGGCUCCGGGUCCUUACGCGGGACCGCAUCCCGCUCAACCAGGCUAUCCUCAACAACCUCAGCAACAGUGGCACCCCGAGCAUGGUCAGCAACAGCAGCACGCUCAGCACUCAUCUUCUCAACCACCACACGGGUCACUUCCUGCUCAAAACUACCACCCCAACUACGCUCCGCAGAUUUAUCAACCACAGGCACCCUACGGAUCUCAACCACAAUACCCUCACGCAGGCCCUCCUCCCUACGGCCCGGGUUAUCCAACAGGAGCACCCCAUCAAGGUCCUCCAGCUCAACAGUGGGGCAGUCAUCCUCAACAAACACCUCCUACGUCAGGACCGUAUGGUGGAGGUGGGCGAGGUGGUCGCGGCGGUUAUAACAACGACCGCGGUGGACCCAAAGGGCAAAUGAUGGGACCCCCCAUCCGGAUAGGAUUUGAUAACAGCAACUCUCAACCACCUCCCGCUCCAGUGAGCGCACCAUACCCACCUCAACCUUACGGUGGACCUCACGGUCCUCCUGCACCGUACGCUGCGCCGUACUCCGCAUAUCCUCCUCCAGCACCAUACAUGCCUGGGCCAGCGCCAUUUGACGGCCAUACUGGUCACAAUCCCCGCCAUCACAAUCGUGGCGGUGGUUUUCAUAACAAUUCCAAAAACCGUUCCCACUUUGGCGGCGACAAGCAUCGCAAUCGCAACCAAAACAAGGGACAGGCCUCCCAGACCCCUCCGACCCAUCAUCAGAAGCCUGAUGCUGCGUCGACGAGCAAAAAGAAGAAGCGCAAGACUAACACACUGGGUCUAACACCUGGAGAUGAGCCCCAAAGUAAGUCUUGUCCUGUCCAUCAGUUGGGCCCCUUGCUAACUUUACACAGUCCCCAAACCUCGGCCGAGCUUGCUGCGUGGAUUGCUGAACGCCGCGCCAAGUUUCCUACUAAAGCGAAGAUCGAGGCCGCCAAGAAGGCAACGGGCAAGACUCAAAAUGGUGACGCCAGCAAGGACUCUGAAUCCGACCUCGUCCAGAAGGCUGAGAAACUUAGAAAACAACUGAAAAAGGUCGAAUCGAGCAUCAAGCGGAAGCGCGAACAGCAGGAUGAAGGGGACGAGAUGAGGGAUCUGCAUUUGAGCUCAUCUCCCUCGACCGAUUCUAAAUCGGAUGACGAGAAGCCUGAAGUCAUGUCAACUCGUCAGGAUUCCAACAACCUCCCUCCUCCGCCGAGAAAGGCAGACCCGACCAAACACUGCAAGUAUUAUUCGACGGGCGGCAACUGUGGAAAGCGGGGCAAGUGCCGCUUUGUUCACGAUGCCACGGUCCGUGAGGCUGCUUUGAGAGAGCGUGAGAUGAACGGCGGGCGCAUGACCUUGCAGCAACGUCUCACGCUGAAUGACAAGGAGCAGGAGGACCUUACCAUUGUCAAGACGGUUAAAUAUCUCCAGGACAAGGGCCUUGUUCCUAAACCAGCUCCAGGUUCUGCGUCGACGGCAGCGCAGCCCGAAUCUAGCACAGCCCCCCAGCCCCAACCCCCUACGGUUGCCAAGAAGGAACCAGGCAAUGGCCUUCCUCCUAUCCCGCCUGUGCCUAAGUAUGCUGGCUGGAAUAUGAACGGGUUCGGCAAUACCGGGGGUAGAUCGAGUGAGCAGUAG